GGUGCCUAUAAUUCACCGGGAGCGACGCGCCGAGUCAGGGCAUACGGGAGUGAUCCAGUUUCACUUCAUGUUCCAGCGGAGCCGCAAGUUUCUUUUUGAAUAUUAUUGCGGGACGCAUUUUGCGCACAUGACUCGAGGACUUUCCAUUCUUGACGCAACACUUUAGAAAAGCCUUGACCGAGUGACCGAAUUUCAGCAAUGGCAGGUUGUACUCACGUCGCAGUUUUGAGGAACUUUUUUGGUGGAGUCUGGUGUUUUCAUUAGUCAUCUGAGGAGUGAUAAUGUGUGUAAUUCCUGCUGCCAGUGGACACGUCUAAUCCCACCCCCGAUUACAGCGCACAGAUGUAUUGCUUCGUGCCUGCCAGCCAGCUGACACCAGGGCCCGGUCACUUUCAUUUGACCGCUAUGCUUGCGUGUUGAUUGCUGAGAUAAAGUCAUUUAAGGGCAGUUCAGCAUCAUUUGUACGCGGGUUCCCGGUUUCUCCUCCCGGCGCCGAAAUGAGGAGAGCUGUGCUGAAAGAAGCCGCCAAACGAUUCCCAUGGCUGGCCAAUGUCACCUUGUACGGCUGCUUAUUUGCCGGAGGUGACCUGGUCCAUCAGCUCAUAGCUCAGAACGAGCGCUUGGACUGGACACACACCCGUAACGUGGCCAUUGUGGCCAUCAGUUUCCACGGAAACUUUAACUACUUCUGGCUACGAGCCCUGGAGAGGCGCUUCCCUGGAAAGUCUGCCGGGAUGGUUUUCCGGAAACUGUUGCUGGACCAGAGCUUCGCGUCACCUUUGGCCACCAGUGUAUUCUACACAGGUGUGAGCGUCUUGGAAGGUAAAGAUGACAAGUUAGAAGACUGGAGGGAUAAGUUCUUCAACACCUGGAAGACUGGACUCAUGUACUGGCCUUUUAUGCAGUUGCUGAACUUUGUCUUGAUGCCAUUAUACAUGCGAACAGCCUUCAUGGGCUGCUGCGCCUUCCUCUGGGCCACCUUUCUGUGCUUCUCGCGGCAGGACGGCGACGGCACCGCCACCGUGGCUCUAGCCUUUGUCAUGGAUCCCCGUAAAACAUUGGAGGAGAUGCGUGAGGCCCGGCUGGCCCGUAGAAAGCAAAAUACCCAGAAGGAAAACUGAAGGAAGGAGGAAAAGAGGGUCACCACCUCUGUCAUUCAAGCCUUUGAGCUCGAUAGCAGGACAGAAGGCAUUUUCCCUUUUGCUAAAACCAGCAUUCUCAAAGUGAAAGGGUAGACAGCUGAAGAGCAUCUGUUUUUUCUGUCAUAUACACUCACAAAUGUUUGACUGAUAUGGAUUUCGAAGAUCGUUGUAGAAGUAAAUAUGAGGAAUUCCCAAAGUACUGGAAGCACUGGACUUUACUACUUUUGCCUCUUUGAAUACUCACAUUGCUACAUCACAAUAGGACAACAUUUGGUUUCAAAUGUGAUCAACUUGGACCAAUGGACUUCUCACUUUAAAGGGUAUUUGAGUAGUGAUAAGGGACUGCGGCUGGUUGUAGUCUAUGCUGGUUUUAAUGUGAGCCUGCAGUGAAGAUCCUGAGAUCAGAUUAAAAGGGGACAUAUUAUGAAAAUUCCACUUUUGUAGUGCUUCUACACGUUAAUUUGGGUAUCUGGCAUGUCUACCGUCCCAAAAACUCUGGAAAAAAACAACUCCCGUGAUUUGUUGUGGUUCCUCUAUGUCAGAAACAAUACGCUAGAGUGCAUAGAAUGGGAUUAGGAUCGAAAUAAACGUCAUUGUCACACCAUGCCCAUGUAGGGAGUCUUGCUACAUGGCCUUGGACGAGCGAGCUAAUGUGAGCCCGGCUCCCCUAGCUCCCAAGCACUCCCCCCGGCUAGGGUGCCCGGCUCCCUGUCUAGCGUUAGCUCGUGAGCUAACCGGGCCGGUGGAGCCUGGCUAGCGUUAGCUCGCUGCUGCUACCCGUCAGACAUUUAAGUGGCCGCAUAAACAAGGGACCCCGGGACACCUCUACACCUCAACAGUGUGGAAGGAUGCUGCUGCUGCGCCAGCUCAAGCUCCCACUGCUCCCACUGCUCCCACUGCGGGGUUGCGCUGGGGAGCUGGGGCUCUUGCAGCCAGGCUCACCGGGGGUGAGGGGAGCGGGGCACUCAAAACAGGUCAAUCUGAGGAGGGCUGUUUUAGACAGGAUAAAAAGGUGCUGUUUUAAAUGAUCCUUGUUCUAUUUUGACAAAAAUAUGUUACAGACAUUUCAUUAAGACCCCAAGGAACCAUAUCAACUGUGGUAAAAUGGGCAUAAUAUGUCCCCUUUAAGGCCUCACAAUUUCUUUACACUAGUCGUGCCUUCUUUUGAUGAUAAGACCACUGCCCGCGACCCCUGGUCUACGAGCUGAUGGAUAACUGGUCACUGGUCAUUAGUUUUUAUCAAUGGACUGAGAUAUAUAUCCUAGUGCCAUAUAUAUAUACAUUUAUGCUUUUAUAUUGGGAUGCACUGAUGUAUGAGACCGACAGCAUAAGAUAAGACCGACAGCAUAAGACAACAGGCUUUAAAGCCAAACCAAAACCAUUGAUGAUUAUAUUCUGAAGACAUCGAGUUGUGGCAUUAGAGGAAAGGUAAGGACAUCCUCAGAAACAUUACAAGAGCUUCACCGAAGUUGUUGGCUAUUGCUACUUAACAUCAACAACUCAUUUUUACAAGUCUAACAGAAUUGGUUUAAAUCCAGGAUCAAAAUGUAUUCCUUUACUCUCAUCGCUGUCUCCACCGAUGGAACUCAACACAAAAGAAAUGUAAUAUUGAGCUUUAGUUAGGAGGCUGGUCUGCCUCUGGUUAUUAUGCUGAUAAACUAACCACUAGCUGGCUGUAGAUGGAUAUUAGUGUAAAUAAAGACCUUAGAGUAUACAUAUUCUUAUCCAACUCAAUUCCAAUUAGUUUAUGCAGCAUUAAAAAAGAUUAUAGGCACAUUUCUGAAAAUGUUGAACUUUCCAAUCGAGGAUAAUGGUGAUGCUAAGCUUAGCACUACCAGGGCUCAUUAUGUGUUACUAUAACAGGAUAUUUGUCGGUGCAUCCCACUUAUGUUGUGUGUCCUAGUUUUACUUAACCUGUUUCUACACUUUCUCAACCUGUCCUCUUACUUGAACGAUCACAUAGGUUGCCAUCGGCCCAGAUACCUUAUCAUGCAACACAUCCAGUUACCUGCACCAGACCCAUUAUUAACUUUUGUGUAGAUUUUAAUUAGUGAAGUUGGAAGAUUUGUGUAGUUUAAUUCUAUUUAUCCAAAAGAGAGGGAAGAGAGUUUCAUAUUUAAUUGCUUCAUGUACGAUAGAUACACAGUUUUACGUCAGUGGUGUAUAACUCUGUGAUGUACAUAAUAUUUAUGGAUUUCUGUUUUUCCAUGUUCCACACGAAAAUAAAACCUCAAAUAAUAUUAUUUAUUGUUCAGAACAUAGUAAUAUUGCAUAUAGUAAACUGUGAGAUUCUUAACUGUUUUGUUAUAUCUGUAUUAUUGAACU